GAAGUGGUGGCGGAAAUGUGACUGCACGUGUGUGGUUCGGGCUUGAAGGUUAUGCAAACCUCGCCGGCAAGGAACUUCGCCACUGUCCAGGGAGAACAGGUCACUACGACGGUGUGUUUGCGGUCAGAAAGACAGCGGUCUGCACUCCCAAUACAGUCAUGGAUCCCUUGAGGGCUCAACAGCUGGCGGCGGAGCUGGAAGUGGAGAUGAUGGCUGAUAUGUACAACCGAAUGACCAACGCCUGCCACCGAAAAUGUGUGCCCCCACAUUACAAAGAGCCGGAGCUGACGAAGGGCGAGUCUGUGUGCCUUGACCGAUGCGUGGCCAAAUACCUGGACCUCCACGAGAGGCUGGGACGCAAGCUAACGGAGCUCUCGGUCCAAGAUGAAGAUAUGAUGAGGAAAGCAGCUGUCGGCAGCGGAUAGCAACACCAAGAACAGGACAAUAUGCCAAAGACUUAAAAAAAAUCUAUAAUGGCAAUGGAAUUAGCAUUUUGUCUGAGCAUUUUGUACACCUUCACAUCCUUCAGAAACAGUCUUAAGAGCCUCUCUGGAGGUGGACUAAUAUAUUCGACCAGGCCUGGUCCAUCAAAGUGGAGGCCUUGGAUAUGUUUGCAUUUAUUAUUUUAGUUUUAUUUCAUUUUUAUUUUUUACUUUAGCUGAUCAGUCCUACUUAGACUUUGAAGUACAGUAAUAUAUCAGAGACAAGUUUAUCUUUAGUUCAAAGCUUACUGUACUUUCCGUUGACCUGCUUGCAGUUGCUUUCAUCACAGCCAGUAGCAAUCAGGAUCCUCUUCAUUAUGAGAAGUUAGCUUCUCCUCUUCUAACACUGCAUGCUUAACAUAUUUUUACUACCCCCGUGGGUAAUUUUUAAGCAACUAAGGGCCCCAUGAUAGGCGCUAGCGUGGACGGCUCGUGUUCGCGAAAAUCCACAUACAGUAUAUAUAUAUCUUUAAAAAAAAGCAUAAAAUUGACGCCUAUUAAAAUGCAUGGGGCAGGAGGCUAAAUCACUGAUUAUGCGGGGUCCACUGUAUAUAUCGACUAUUUCAUUUGACUUAAAAACUAUUUAAAAGUGCAUAUACUACGAUAAAGAGUGAGUUGAAUGUGAAACGUUGUCCGGUAUUUGAAAGCAAUGUGAGGAUUAUUGAACAUGUGCUUGGUAGUUGAACAGUUGUCAGUGGGGUAAAAAGCCUCAAAACACACAGUAUACAAAUGUUGGAAGACAUUGAAUUAUGUAGGACGUUGCUACCCUCCUCACGUUUUAUCAUGUACCUGUACACACUUUAUUCUGUCAUUCUUGUCCAUAUUGUGUUAUAGGUGGACCGUGUAUUUUUCUAUUUUAAUUUCCAUUUCAUUUUGCGUGUUACCUUUAACCUCCCCGUCAGCCGUCAGACUGCAUAUCAUCGGGGCUGCAAUGUUUCCCCCCCCCUCCUAACCCGAAUAAAGCAAUUUGAUUAUU